GAACGUGUCCAGCUAACUUUCUACGAAUGCUUAACGCGUACAGACUGAGUCACUAGUAGUCGACUGGGUUACCAGCGGACGCGUUUUAUAUAUCGCAGCCCUAUGCUUCCCUCACCAGUCUCAUCCAACCGACGAGGAACCUCCCAGCACCUCCGCACAUUCUCCUCGUCCGACCUCAGACGGGCUCUCAGCCUCCUACGUUCACGAUCAAGGUUCACGAACCUAAGCAUCAUCAUUCUCGCAGGAUGCUUCUGUGUUUCAUUCUUAUAUAAUCUCGCUUUUAUAUUCUCUUCUUUUCCGCCUUCACUGGUAACUUACACGCCCCCUCAGAGCAUCCUCUCGACCAUAGCUCGUAAUACAACUCUAGAAAACCUCUCUCAUCUCGUCAUUGUUCCAGGUCACGCAAUUUGGACCGGCACGCAGCCUGAUCAGGUGUUAGACGCAGAUCAGUGGACGUUAGAGGAAUAUCAGAGAGGGGGAGGUAGUUACAGGAUCUCUGCGUUCGUAGAACACAUCAGACAAGGAGUAGAAAUAACGCUCAAAGAUGAUUCAUCCUUACUCGUUUUCAGCGGUGGUCAAACUAGACUACAGUCGACCACGACAGAAGCAGAAUCUUACAUGCGUUUAGCAAUAAGUCUAGGUCUUUUCCACCCCGACUCAAAACAAACAUCCUACACGCCCCAUUUCCCUCGUGCGACAACAGAGACCUACGCUCUUGAUUCAUACCAAAACUUUUUAUUCUCGCUGGCUCGUUUUCACGAAAUAACAGGCCGGUAUCCCCUGCAUGUCACCAUCGUCGGCUACGAAAUGAAGCGCCGUCGUUUCGAAGAGCUUCACCGCACAGCCCUUCGAUUCCCCGCUCAUCAUUUUGAAUACAUCGGAAUCGAGCCUUCCGCUAACGAGGAAUCAGCUCGUAUCGGCGAAGUUAAGAAUGGAUACGCUCCGUAUCAACUCGAUUUGUAUGGUUGCCACGAUUUUUUGCUCGCUAAGCGACGGGCGCGGAACCCGUUUCUACGAUUUCAUUCCUAUCAUGCAUCGGCACCGGAGUUGAGGGGGCUGUUGGAGUGGUGUCCUGAUGAUGCGGGGAUGGUGUAUAAUGGGCCGUUACCUUGGGACGUUUAUGAAUGAGAUGUCAUUCUACAAUUUUAGACCGGGUCUCUUGCGAGAAUUGCUAAUCGGCUAGCGAGCGAAAUUUUCGUCGGAACGUCUUCGGCUGGGCAAUGCUGAACAACAACG